GCAACACUCUCAGACAUAGCAUUUGGAUUUUGGGUGGUCCUGUGUGGAGCUGGGAUUUGGGCUCGAUGGUCCUUGUGGUUCUCUUCCAUCUCGGGAUAUUUUUUUGGUUCUGCAGUUCCAUACUUAACUCUGCAGAAACGCACGUAGGGCCAGCCAGCCUUUGCUCCUCACCAGGUGGGAACAUCCAGCAACACCAAAAGUGUAUAGAUAUGCUAUUAAUAGUAGCAAAGUCCUGAGUACAUUUGCUGCCAUAGUCAAAAUAUUGCUGACAAAAAUGUCUGCAGCUUACGUCCCAAUAAAAAGGAGAACUCACCAGUGUCCAUGUUGCUUCUGUGUGCCAGUAAGAUGAUGGCAAUCGAGUUCAGCAGGCAAAUGAACUGGCAUACAUUUACCACAGAGGGAUUAUGGCAAGCUUGCAUUUUAAUAUAUGUAAUUAACUGUGAUUUUAAUAUAAGCUCAUGCAUGUAUACAUGAUUUCUGUUCUUCCAAAGCUUUUUUUCCCCUCUCGUUUGGACUUUGGCAUGGCAUGGAUAACUGCAGGAUAUGCAUGGAUAUUUUUAUUUAGAAAGUACGUUUAGAUCAGUGGAGAAAAUCGAGACAGACAUAUUUACCUCAUGACUAAGAGCAUCCACCUGGGACCUGGCCGUGCUCCAGGUCAGCAGUCUGACAUUCCAUGUUAAGUUCACAAUCUUAAUUUUUUUUAUGCCUCUAUAGACAAUCCCCAAUCCUUGCAAAGCAGACUCUUGGCUUCCACUUCCCUAACUAUGGCUUUCAUUAACAAUUUGGAUGCCAGGAGGUCUUCCUUUAGCAGCAGUUAGGUGUCAGCUGAGAACUGAACAGGGAAGGAGCGCUCUGUGCGCGGAGUACGUUUGACAUUGUUCAGGCAUGCUUUGGAGAAAGCCUAACCCCUCUCCCAGGUUAUUUCAGCUCCUGUGGCACCACGCCCUACUUUGGAGAAGAGGACGUCAAACAGGUUGGCUUUCCUUCAGGGGAAGAGGUGGAGUAAAAGCACGCUGGUUCCCAUCUCAUUGGGUGCUGCAGGCGGCUCCCCUGCUCUCCGCCUUCACCUGCUGGGUGAUAAAUGCAUUUAUUAGAGGGCAGGUGUCACCUACGGGUGCUGCACGUGGCUUUGCCAAAGGGCUGUCUGUGUUUAUCACCUGCCCCAUACCAGGUGAGACAUUUAGGGACCUCUCCCUGGUCCUCAGUACAUGAGUGUGAUGGUGAGAGACCUCUUUGGACAUAGCCACUGAUUAAAAGUGUUUCCCUCAGACCUUGGCACUGCCAACACCUACCCAUCAUCGCCUGGGAAUAACAAUCGGUGCAACCAAAGCUCUGCAUAGAAGACCAUGGGGAAAUUCAGAAGCAUCCUUCUCGUCUUCCUUGGCUAUCUUCUAGUCCAUGUAAGAGGUCAACGUGAUUUUGAUUUAGCUGAUGCUCUCGAUCACCCAGAUGAUAUAAUUACCAGGAAGCCCACAGUGAUCAGAAGACCAACAAGACCUCUGAUGAACAAUGAUCUGCAUUUAGGAGACGCACUUGGUGGGGGUGACAUCCCAAGACAACCAUUAUACCCACCUCUUCCACCACGACCAGGAAGCCACAGUAAUGCUGGAGGAUUUAAUGAUUUUGAUCUUGUUGAUGGGAAGCCUUUACCACCACACAUACCAGGCGAAGAAGGGCAUAAUUUCAAUCAUGGUGGAAACACGGAUUCAGGAUUAAUAGCUGGAGUUACAUCUCCUAUAAUUUCUGCUUUUGUGAUAUUAGUUGUUGGAUCUAUUGCGGCCUACACAGCUUACAAGAACAACAAGCUUUGUUUCAAACCACGUGGUGGGGCCACAGUGUAA